AUGGUUAUAGAACAACAACAAUUCGAUUGGUCUAUUGAUUUAAUAGAUUCAAUUUGGUUUCAUAUUAGUAAUUAUUUAACUAUUAAUGAUAUUCAUCGUUUAAGUUGUACAUGUUCACGUUUAUAUACACUUUUUACUAGUAAUGAUUUUUGGUCAUAUCUUAUACGUAGACAAUUUGGUUAUAUAAUAUGGAAUCGUUCAAUAAAAAAUUCAUUAUUAUUAAAUAAUGAUAAUCAAAUUACAAAUUUAAAAAAUCAAUCAUGUCGUUCAAAAUUAAUCUAUUUUGAAUUACUUAAACGUAAACGUAUAUCAUUUUCUGAUUUUAAUCUUUUUACUUUUGAUACAAAUCGAAAUUAUACAACAAUUCCUGAUUUAUCUAGUCUUAAUGGUUAUGUACUUUAUAUAAAAGAUUCAAUUGAAAUUUGUUAUUCACUUCAUAUUGAAACAUUAUUUGAAAAUAUUCUACCCGGAAAAUAUGAUGUUAUUUGGCGUAUGAAACUUAAUAUACCUUAUAUGUUAGGUGAAACAGAAUUUUUUGCUGUUGCCGAACAAGUAAAUCCUGGUCAAGCAGCAUAUAUGCGAUGGACACAAGAUGAUUUUCUAUCUAUGUAUAGAUGUUUUUAUUGUGAUAUAACAAAAACUAAUCUAUGGUUUUAUCAAACAAUUGGAAUUAUAGAAAUAAAUGGAGAUAAACCAUGUAAUGUUUUUAUAUCUAUGACAAAUCAUGAUUCAAUACAUGCAAAAUAUGGAGUAUAUUUAGAUUAUGUAGAAUUAAAACUUUGUUUAGAAUAG